GUGUGGAAAUCCCCUGGGAGAAAAUGACGGUCAUUGUCAAAGGAGAAACAGGAAGGAAGCUUUUGCCUCCUACCAAGCCAAAGACGGGUCUGGACUCCAAAGAAACUGUCAUUCAAGCCAGGACUGAGAAGCACCUGUUCUGCCCUCUCCAUGAUGAGGAAACUAAAGCUGGGGCAAGGUAAGUGACUGCCCAGAGUCACACAGUUGGAUGAAGAGCAAAACUGGAACUGGAAUCUGUUUACGCCUGGGCUCUUCUGCCCCAGCAUGGGGCAGGCUCCGGGCACUGCCAUCCAGCCGGCGCGGCUCCCGCGGCUGCCCGGAGAUUCUGCCUAAUUCUCCCUGUCCAGCCGGUGCAGCGAGGACCAGAGAGCGGAGGAGGCCCGGACUGCAGCGGCGGCGGGGCCACCUCCCAGCAUCCCCACCCUAGGAGGCUGCGUGCGGAUUGAAGAGCGGCGCCUCGGGGCUGGGCCGGCCCCGCUGAUACCUACCUAGGGAGGACGCAGGACUGCCCAGCCUACGGACGGGUCCCUGGGGCAGGAAGGACAGGAGCAAGAUGGCCAAUAAAACCAAGGGCAGUGAGGCCCUGAAGGUGGUGGCCAGGUGCCGCCCCCUCAGCCGGAAGGAGGAGGCUGCUGGUCAUGAGCAAAUCCUGACCAUGGACGUGAAACUGGGCCAGGUGACCCUGCGGAACCCCCGUGCUGCCCUGGGGGAGCUGCCCAAGACCUUCACCUUUGAUGCCGUGUAUGAUGCCAGCUCCAAGCAGGCAGACUUGUAUGAUGAAACUGUGAGGCCCCUGGUAGACUCAGUGCUUCAGGGUUUCAAUGGCACGGUGUUUGCCUAUGGCCAGACGGGCACUGGCAAGACCUACACCAUGCAAGGGACCUGGGUGGAGCCCGAGCUGCGUGGGGUCAUCCCUAAUGCCUUCGAGCACAUCUUCACCCACAUCUCUCGCUCCCAGAACCAGCAGUACCUGGUCCGGGCCUCCUACCUGGAGAUCUACCAGGAGGAGAUCCGAGACCUGCUCUCCAAGGAGCCUGGCAAGAGGCUGGAGCUGAAGGAAAAUCCAGAGACAGGUGUCUACAUCAAGGACCUCUCCUCCUUUGUCACCAAGAAUGUCAAAGAGAUCGAGCAUGUGAUGAACCUGGGGAACCAGACCCGGGCAGUGGGCAGCACACACAUGAAUGAGGUCAGCUCCCGCUCCCACGCCAUCUUCGUCAUCACCGUGGAGUGCAGUGAGCGUGGAUCAGAUGGCCAGGACCACAUCCGUGUGGGCAAGCUCAACCUGGUGGACCUGGCUGGCAGUGAGAGGCAGAAUAAGGCGGGCCCCAACACAGCUGGAGGGGCUGCCACACAGUCCACAGGUAGUGGCAGCAGUGGAGGGGGCGGUGGGAGUGGGGAGAGGCCUAAGGAAGCCUCUAAAAUCAACCUCUCGCUGUCUGCCCUGGGCAACGUGAUCGCUGCUCUGGCGGGCAACAGGAGCACCCAUAUCCCCUACCGGGACUCCAAACUGACCCGGCUGCUCCAGGACUCUCUUGGGGGGAAUGCCAAGACCAUUAUGGUGGCCACGCUGGGGCCAGCUUCUCACAGCUACGAUGAGAGCCUCUCUACCCUGCGCUUUGCCAACCGGGCCAAAAACAUCAAGAACAGGCCCCGGGUGAACGAGGACCCUAAGGACACGCUGCUGAGGGAAUUCCAGGAGGAGAUCGCCCGCCUGAAGGCCCAGCUAGAGAAGAAAGGGAUGCUGGGGAAGCGGCUCCGGAGGAAGAGCAGUCGUAGAAAGAAGGCCGUGUCGGCCCCGGCCGGCUACCCUGAGGGGCCAGUGAUCGAGGCCUGGGUGGCCGAAGAGGAGGAUGACAACAACAACAACCAUCGCCCGCCCCAGCCCAUCCUGGACUCAGCCUUGGACAAGAACAUGGAGAAUUACCUGCAGGAGCAGAAGGAACGGCUGGAGGAAGAGAAGGCAGCCAUCCAGGAUGACCGAAGCCUGGUCAGCGAGGAGAAGCAGAAGCUGCUGGAGGAGAAGGAGAAGAUGCUGGAAGAACUGCGGCGCGAGCAGCAGGCCACAGAGCUGCUCGCAGCCAAGUACAAGGCCAUGGAGAGCAAGCUGCUCAUCGGGGGCAGGAACAUCAUGGAUCACACAAACGAGCAGCAGAAGAUGUUGGAACUGAAGAGGCAGGAGAUUGCCGAGCAGAAACGCCGCGAGCGGGAGAUGCAGCAGGAGAUGAUGCUCCGAGAUGAGGAGACCAUGGAGCUCCGGGGCACCUACACAUCCCUGCAACAGGAGGUGGAGGUCAAAACCAAGAAACUCAAGAAGCUCUACGCCAAGCUGCAGGCGGUGAAGGCGGAGAUCCAGGACCAGCAUGACGAGUACAUCCGUGUGCGGCAGGACCUGGAGGAGGCGCAGAAUGAGCAGACCCGGGAGCUCAAGCUCAAGUACCUAAUUAUUGAAAACUUCAUCCCCCCUGAGGAGAAGAACAAGAUCAUGAACCGGCUUUUCCUGGACUGUGAGGAGGAGCAGUGGAAGUUCCAGCCGCUCGUGCCAGCCGGCGUCAAUAACAGCCAAAUGAAGAAGCGGCCAACCUCUGCAGUGGGCUACAAGAGGCCUAUCAGCCAGUAUGCUCGGGUUGCCAUGGCAAUGGGGUCCCACCCCAGGUACAGGGCUGAAAACAUAAUGUUUCUGGAGUUGGAUGUGUCCCCUCCCACUGUCUUCGAGAUGGAAUUCUCUCAUGACCAAGACCAAGAUCCCCGUGCACUACACAUGGAGAGGCUCAUGCGGUUGGACAGCUUUCUGGAAAGACCCUCCACAUCAAAAGUUCGAAAAUCCAGAUCCUGGUGCCAGAGUCCUCAGCGGCCUCCACCCUCCACCGCACACGCCUCACUGGCCUCCGCUGCUCUGCGCCCCGCGACAGUGCUAGACCAUGAGUGACAACCUUCAGUUAGGCUGCCCAUCUGACAGACGCCUGGGAUGGGACCGCCAACCCUGGAUCAUCUCAUCUGCCGCUUGGUGUGUGUGUGUGUAUGUGUGUGUGUGUGUGUGUGUGUGUGUGUGUGUGCACGCGCAUGUGCGUGUUUGUAUGUGUGAGGGGGUGAGACUCUGGCAGACCGUGCCUCUGCCUGCUCUUCUCAGCCUCCUUUAUUUAAUUAACGUUAUUUAUUCAUGGAGCUCAGUUAGUGUGGGGGAGAGGCCCUCGCCUGAGCCUGCCGUGGUCACUGCAUAGCCUCCUUUUCUGCUGACUAUAGACCCCCCACCCCCCACCCCCCAGUCAGACCUCAGGCUCCUCCCUGUUCGUUCUCCCCAGAAGGGAAGGUGGCCAGUGCCUGAGAAGAGAGGACUUUUUCUACCUGUCUCCAAAAUCUCCAUCUCCUCCUAUGCUGAUGGUGAGCAGCUCCUAAGCACCUUCUGGGACUGGGAAAAUGCUGGGUGCCCCUGAGGACAGGAGAGGGCCUGACAGUGCUCCCAGCACUUUCUGGGCCUCAGAAAACCUUGUUCAGCUUCUUGGGCUCCUUCUCAAAGACUUGAAAGACCUCACCCUCCCAGCCCACGCUCUUCAGCUUGCCAAGAACCCAUGGCUUCCCGGACUGCUUCCUGCGCACCUUCCCAAGCCUCGGGUAGGAGUUGUGAACCAACCAGUUGCUGCCUCCUCGGACCUGCAGGAAAUGGAACAGUAAUGGAGACACUGUGGACAGUCACCAAGGGAAGUCCCUCCUCUCCUCCCAUGUCCUUUGUGUCUGUGCCCCUCCGAGAAGUAACUUUGGUCAACAAGUGGUCAAGCCAACUCCCUGUUUUUGAGAUGCUGCUCCUUCCUGCUUCAAAUGUCUUCCCUGUAGCUGCCUGGGUCCCAGUUCAUAGUGGAGGGAGCGAUGUCAUUAUCCCCCCCGCCCCCCGGCUAAACAAAGGUAUCGGAACCUGUUGCUUCCCCCUUCAUUUAGCACAGGAGACGGAGAGCCGGCACGAUCUGCCAGCUUGGCCUAUUACCCCUGCUUCUGAGUCACACGUGUUGGGCUCUGUUUUGUGGAAAACUAACCAACCCCAUCUCCGGCAUUGUGCACACUGGUCCCUAAGGAAGUGCUCUCCGUCUUCUUUUGUGACAUCCCAAGAUGUCUCCAGGUAUCUCAAGUGAUAAGUAAAUUUCUACCAAAAAAA